UUUUUUUCUGCCUGCUCCUUUACCCAGGAAGAGAUCCGCUUCAUGAUUAACCCAGAAUUGAUUGUUGGUAUGCUUUUUAUGGCUGCAAUGAAGAAGAAUGAGGCAAUAGAGAUUCUGGGCGUCGAGAGGUUUUCUUGUUACAUGGGGUAUGGUUCUUCAUUUCGUUUUACUGGUGAUUACUUGGACAAGAAGCCACUUGAUUCACGCGGUAGACGAAAAACGAAGAUCGUCGCGAUUGAUGCUUUAUCAAAUGCGAUGAUAAGACAGUUUGAAGUUGAAUGCCUUAUACGGGAAACAAAUAAAGCUUUCUGUGGAUUUUUUGAUCCCUCAAAAAAUAAAUGUUAUCUGAAGAAUUUCCAAGAGGCUUUCUUUAAGGAGCAUUUUGAUGGGGAAGACAAUGAGGCUAUUGACAUGAGCCACAACAAUUGUUCAGUUAAUAAUGCUACUUCUGCACAAGCUGAGAGUCCUCUCGUUUCUUCCCCUUCUAUGGACUGUGAUACAAGUACCUUGGGCUUCAACGGACAUCUGACUAACGAAAUAUGUCAAAAUGAAACUGGAAUUGCUACUGGUAACUGGGGAUGUGGGGCAUUUGGCGGCGACCUUGAGCUUAAGACUAUAAUUCAGUGGCUCGCUGCAUCUCAGGCAUUAAGACCUUUCAUACACUACUACACCUUUGGUGACGCAGCCUUACAGAGAUUAGAGCAGCAGGUGUCUCAAUGGAUUUUGUUGCACAGAUGGACAGUGGGGGAUUUAUGGAACAUUUUAGUCGAAUACUCAUCGCAGAGAUUAAAGGGGAAAACAAAUGUUGGUUUCUUCAAUUGGCUCCUUCCCCAGCAGGCUUACAGCAGUGAUGACCACUACAUGUCCGAAUAAUCCUCAAUCUUGAGCACUUCUGUAGAAGUGCUUUGCAAGUCUGAAAAGGAAUGCAUCUUGCAUCUUAGUUUCCCUGAUAAAUGUUUAUUUUUUGUGUAGAGGGUUUUAUAUGGUAGUAAGGUGCUAUGAUCUUGGUGAUCACAAUCUUUGUAGUCUUUUUUUAAGUAGUUCUCAUGUACCUUAGUAGUUUUCUCAUCCCAUUUUAUCAAUUUAAUUCAAUGAAGUAACUAAGAUUUUAAGA